UUCCACGGAGCGCUCCAUUAAUUGGGAACACGAACGCCCGCGAAUACAGUUCAGACUUCAAAUCUCCGGCGAUCUCCGUCGCCGGAAGUCCGCCGAUUCGAGGUUCGCCGGAGGUCAUCCUCCGCCUGCUCGAGUUCUCUGCUACCUCCGGCCGCCGUGGACUUCAGGUGCUCUCUCCCUCGGGAGAAACGGGAGGAGGUCAUCUUCUGCGGCCGCGCACGACCGAGGGAGACGGGAACGAAAUUCAGAGACUCGCUCUCGGACAGAGGAGUUUGCUUGUUUUCUCGACUUCCCUCGUUGAUUUCGGGCCGUUGAUAAUCGCCGUUGAGGUCGCCGCUCGUUCGUCGUUCCCAAGAGGCGCAGUGAAUCCUCUGUUAUAUCCUGUAUUUCUGAUCCGAGGCUUCGGAGAAAUUGAUCACCGCUCGAUUCGUCUUCACCGGCGACGGCCAUCAUUGCCGACGCACCCAAGAUUUUCUGUUCUUUGAUUUGCUUGCCGGCCGUAGCAAGAUAUACAGCUUUGUCGUGGCACAGAGGCAGAGACCUCAAACUGCGCGUUGCUGCUGUGCUCAAUGCGAUGGUGGUUUUGCGGCGGUUAUCGGCGAGGAGAACAACGGACAAGAGUCGUUGAUGUGUAUAUUGCCGACUUCUGGUAACAUCCUUAAGUGCCCGGACAUCACUCACGGUCAAGUGCCCGUGAGCUUCCCGGAAGCAUCUUCGGUCAGGGUUUCUUUGUCGUGAAACGGGUUGGUGGAGGUUGCUGUCGGUUCGAGAGUGUCGUGAGUUUGUGACCCUCUUCUUGUUCUCGGGAAAAGAGGCGGCGGUUUUGGAAGAGAUGCAGGCGAGGCGCACGAACAGUUUGAGCAGGGGGAAGCGGGGCCUGGACUCGAGCUCGGGCGAGGAAGGGCAGCCUGAUCGGAAGCAACCUGCUCUUGCGAGGAAUCUUUCCUUGCCUCAAGCAAAUGAAGAAAGAGCCGAGAAAUGUACUACUCAAAUUUCGAUUGCUAGUUCUAGUGGUAUGAAUAUGAAGAUUGAACAAGCCAAAAGAUUUGCAGUCGCGCAAGCGCAACGUGAUGGUAGCACUGGAAACUACCGGAUCUUCGAUUCGCCCUAUGGAAAUUUUCUGGUACCUGUAGUUCCUACUCGUGCAGACCUAGGUGUAUAAUUGUUCUUGCUUUUGGCAAUUUCUCUGAACUGCAUCUUACCCACCAGUACUCAUUUUAAGAAGUUGAUACGUAGCAGUAAAAAUGUGCGGAGCUAUGUGUUCUGAGCAUCAUGUGCUUGACUGGUCAAUCUACUGUUAAGCCUUGCUGUUUACAGGCCAUGGCAUUGCAAUAGGUUCAUAAAACAACCCAGCAAUCUGUGCUCCUUAUCUCUUUAGUUAGUCAAAACAUAUUAGCGGUUGAAAAGAGCCGGAAUCCUCUGCACGUGCAUGCUGACUGGACUGGUAAAGAGUGCGCAAUAAUUUAAGGGACGCCCCAAAGUCAUCUUUGGUGUUUAGUAGGAUUAAAAGACUUUGCCAAGCCAUCUGUAAUAUAUAAUAUUAAGCUUGGAGCAGAUGCUCAAAAUCAGAUCGAACAGUCAAUUCAUAUUAAUGGCCCGUGAUGUGUCACGCGUGGAUCAAGUGGGAUUCGCCGUGCUCAUGUUUUUUGUGUUGAAUUUUUUAAGUAGUGAAGGGUAACGAUUCAUGUGCAACUUGCCAACUUCGCAAGUUGUAACUUUGCGCU